AUGGGAAAGUCCAAGAACAGCAAGAAAGUGGCAAUCGCUGCUAAAACUGUUAAUUCUACUGCUCUUACUCAGGGUCGCAUCAGUUUUUCACAAAAAAGCCGAGCCAAAACCGCCGAAAUUCGAUCGAAAAAGGAAUCCGACGAUUUGGACCCUCCAAUUGUCAACAACAACAGCGACACCGAGAUGGAGGAGGUCGAGAAUCCACUGAAGUACAAUCGCAUUGUCCAGAACAUCAAUUCGUCUCAGUGGAACCUGCAAACCCUUGCCUAUUUCUGCACAAUCCACCGUGCUCAUGAUCAACGCAACAAUAAAAAAGAAGGGGUCUUUGGAAACAAGCUGUUUGCGGUAUGGGAGAACAAGCCCAAUUUCCGCUGGCCUUGGUAUACUUUGAGUGAAAUUGUUCCUAUUUGA